AACGUUUAUAUGGGAGGCGUGUGGUUAUGCUUCACUGCAACAGGUAAUAGCCGACUUAGGCGUCAAACUCCAUACUUAUUAAACGAACUCUAUAAUAAUGAUCAACGUGGGCAGCAUCAAGUGGAACGCUGCACGACGCGCGCCUUUGCUUUGCGUUCUCCAGCACGCGCACACGCCCCAGCAUUGUGCAGGCGAAAUCCGCGUUCGCGUGCACAGUCGGUUUCCAUACACACUCGCGAAGUCUUCAUCGACGGGGGGGCAUUAUCGACUCCUCCUCGACUGUCAGGUCCCCCCCCGCAGCUACCGAGCACACACAGCGCGUUUCGGGACAGAACGAUGGCGGAUUCGGGCACCACCGCAGCGGCGAACGGAGCCACAGGCUCGAACGGCAGCGCCGCCGGGACUGGCGGAGCAGUCGCGCCCGGGGGAGCAACCGGAGCUGCGGGAUCCAAACCUGGCCUGGAAUCGGUGAAGGGACAAAAUUUUGACGUCGGCCCCCGUUACACUGACCUGCAGUACAUCGGGGAGGGCGCGUACGGGAUGGUGUGCUCUGCUUUCGAUAAUGUUAACAAGAUCCGCGUGGCCAUUAAGAAAAUCAGUCCUUUUGAGCACCAGACCUACUGCCAGCGCACGCUGAGGGAGAUCAAGAUCCUCCUGCGCUUCCGCCAUGAGAACAUCAUCGGCAUAAACGACAUCCUGAGAGCACGCCGCAUUGACUACAUGCGGGAUGUUUACAUUGUACAGGACCUGAUGGAGACUGAUCUGUACAAAUUGCUGAAGACCCAGCAGCUCAGUAACGACCACAUCUGCUACUUCCUGUACCAGAUCCUGCGUGGGCUUAAGUACAUCCACUCCGCCAACGUUCUCCACAGAGACCUGAAGCCCUCCAACCUUCUCAUCAACACCACCUGUGACCUGAAGAUCUGUGACUUUGGGCUGGCGCGUAUUGCUGACCCAGAGCAUGACCACACUGGGUUCCUCACGGAGUAUGUCGCCACCCGCUGGUACCGUGCACCUGAGAUCAUGCUCAACUCCAAGGGCUACACAAAGUCCAUUGAUAUCUGGUCGGUGGGUUGUAUCCUGGCUGAAAUGCUGUCCAACCGGCCCAUCUUCCCAGGGAAGCACUACCUGGAUCAGCUGAACCACAUACUAGGUAUUCUGGGCUCCCCCUCUCAGGAAGAUCUAAACUGCAUCAUCAACAUGAAGGCGAGGAACUACUUACAGUCUCUGCCCCAGAAACCCAAGAUUCCCUGGAACAAGCUCUUCCCCAAGGCCGAUAGUAAAGCUCUGGAUUUGUUGGACCGUAUGUUAACCUUUAACCCUAUCAAACGUAUAACUGUGGAGGAAGCCCUGGCCCAUCCUUACCUGGAGCAAUACUAUGACCCCACUGAUGAGCCCGUGGCUGAGGAACCCUUCACCUUUAACAUGGAGCUUGAUGACCUUCCCAAGGAGAAGCUGAAGGAGUUGAUCUUUGAGGAGACCGCACGAUUCCAGGCCACCUACCAGGGUUCCUGAGGGACACCAGCUCUGAUGGAGAGAGGCGAGGGUGUGGGAAGGCCCAGGAGAAAGUGAUCACUCCGAACAAGUGACCAAAAAUAUACGUAUAUGGUAUCAACAACACAAAAAACCCAGAAAAAGAAGACAAAAAGAGACUAAGUGUGCAUUGAGGGGAAAAAAAAAGCUGUUUGUUUUCUUUCUCCAUCUCUCUCAUCGGCAGGCUGCGUGCUGGUUCGGGUUGACACCACCCAGUGGGGCUCUUGUUCUAGCGUUCUUUAUCACGCACAUCCCCUGUUCUCUCACCCUUUCUCUCAGAUCUCUAGCUCUCUGUCCCCCUUACAGUUCUGUCUUGCUGCACCAUUGAAUGGAGAAAGACUAGGUAGGGAGAGGAAGGGUGAGCAUAUAUGAUCACCAGAUGGAACUGUGUUUAUAUAUACAUAUAUAUAUAAAUAAAUGUGUGUGGGUAUGUAUGUUUUUG